GGAAAACAAAGAACAGAGCUCGGGCCCCUCUCCUCGUGGGGGUGGGGGUGAGGGCAGGCCAGAGGCUGUGGACUAGACCCAAGGCUGAGCCCUAGUGUGGACAGGAACAGGUCUAGAGUCCCCGCAUCCCAGAGCACUGCCGCUGAGGUCCCGCCGUCCCCACCUCAACGUGGGGGUCUGUCAGGAUGAGCAAGCUGCCUGGGGAGCUGACCUGGGGAGCUGGGGACUUGGAGCGCAGCCUGCCGGCUGUGGCCUCCCUGGGCACCUCACUGUCCCGCAGCCAGAGCCUGUCAUCACACUUCGUCCCUCCGCCUCAGGAGAAGCGCCGGGCCAUCUCUGAUGUGCGCCGCACCUUCUGUCUCUUUGUCACCUUUGACCUGCUCUUCAUCUCCCUUCUCUGGAUCAUCGAGCUGAACACCAAAACGGGCAUCCAGAAGAACCUGGAGCAGGAGGUCUUCCACUACAGCUUCCAGAGCUCCUUCUUUGACAUCUUUGUGCUGGCCUUCUUCCGUUUCUCUGGGCUGCUCCUGGGCUACGCCGUGCUGCGGCUCCGGCACUGGUGGGUGAUUGCGGUCACCACACUGGUGUCCAGUGCAUUCCUCAUUGUCAAGGUGAUCCUCUCUGAGCUGCUCAGCAAAGGAGCGUUUGGCUACCUGCUCCCCAUUGUCUCCUUUGUCCUGGCCUGGCUGGAGACCUGGUUCCUUGACUUCAAAGUCCUACCCCAGGAGGCUGAGGAGGAGCGAUGGUAUCUUGCUGCCCAGGCUGCUGUCGCCCGUGGACCCCUACUGUUCUCUGGUGCUCUGUCUGAGGGCCAAUUCUACUCUCCCCCAGAAUCCUUUGCAGGGUCUGACAAUGAAUCAGAUGAGGAAGUCACUGGAAAGAAAAGUUUCUCUGCCCAGGAACGUGAGUACAUCCGCCAGGGGCGGGAGGCCACGGCGGUGGUGGACCAGAUCCUGGCCCAGGAGGAGAACUGGAAGUUCGAGAAGAAUAACGAGUAUGGGGACACCGUGUACACCAUUGAGGUUCCCUUUCAUGGCAAGACCUUCAUCCUGAAGACAUUCCUGCCCUGCCCCGCCGAGCUGGUGUACCAAGAGGUGAUCCUGCAACCUGAGAGGAUGGUGCUGUGGAACAAGACGGUGACUGCCUGUCAGAUUCUGCAGCGAGUAGAGGACAGCACCCUCAUCUCCUACGACGUGUCUUCAGGGGCCGCCGGUGGUGUGGUGUCCCCCAGGGACUUUGUGAAUGUCCGGCGCAUUGAGCGGCGCAGGGACCGAUACCUGUCAUCUGGCAUCGCCACCACACACUGUGCCAAGCCCCCCACGCACAAAUAUGUCAGGGGAGAGAAUGGUCCAGGGGGCUUCAUCGUGCUCAAGUCAGCCAGUAACCCACGAGUCUGCACCUUCAUCUGGAUUCUUAACACAGAUCUCAAGGGCCGCCUGCCUCGCUACCUUAUCCACCAGAGCCUCGCAGCCACCAUGUUUGAAUUUGCCUUUCACCUGCGGCAACGCAUUGGAGAGCUGGGGGCCAGAGCUUGAACAGCCUUUCGCGGCCCUGCGGGCCAGGGUCCUGUUGCCAUAGAAUCCAGAGCCAGGGAGGAGGGCUCCCCGCUGCCCACAAAGGACUGCCUGCCGAGCAGCGACUGGGAACCAUGUGGAGUUGAACACUUGGGGCUCGGGGGUGCCUCUGACAAGAAGUGGGGUCUGCCCUGCCAGUGGAAGCAACAACCUUACCUCCCAGAGGAGGCACCGCCUGCCGCCCCGCCUCGAAGUAGGCAGGACUGGGCUGCCCCAGGCUUGGCCACUGCAGACCUGAGUCUGAGAAGGCCUGUUGCCGGUGUGUAGUUGAAGGAACCCUUUAUCCAACUGCUCUCAGCACUGUUUUACAGUUAUUGAAAAGGUCUGGGACCUUUUACCAUAAUGUACUUGUGGGGAUGAGGGGCCAGGUGGGGUCCCCUUCCCCUUUUCUCCAGGGCCUCCUUGGGGAACCUUUGUAAUUUGAGCCAAUUAAAAACAUGAACUAAAAAAAAAAAAACAAAAC